UGUUCAGACAUCAACGAAUGUGUUCGUGGGCUACACCAAUGCAGCUCUGAUGCGUUUUGCAACAAUACUCAAGGUUCGUACAAUUGUACAUGCAAACAUGGAUUUACCGGAAGUGGACGAGAAUGUAAAGAUAGGCGUUGGAUUCAUUAGCAAUAAUGUGAUGAAAAAAUAAAGCUUAUUUUUGCAAAUUAUUGUGACGAUAGGUUUUCGCUCCAAACUGGGAAACUGACUCUUCGCGGACGGAACAAUAACAACUGGGGGAACAAACUCUGUAGAGACGACUUGGCAGCGAGAACGGAAACUCGUCACGAUUUCCUGGUACACGGAGAUCUGCUUCGAGCGAGCUUAUACGGACGUCAAGGAUAAGGCAAUCUUUGGUUCCACAGUACUUUUAUUCUAGGUCAGGCCAACAAGCGACAUGACCUCUAGCAUACUCUAGUUUGUAAUCAUCAAAGCUGUACAAGGUACUUGCUUAAAAAGUAACUGGUGCGAAGUGCUAUUGUUACACAAAUCGCAAUAUUUGAAUAAGGACACAAAGGAGCGGAAAAAAUAUCUCUUUGAAGUUAAACGAAAACUACCUAAAUAUUCCAUCUGUUUCUACGACGGAUAGAAUCUCAAAAUUAAAAAGACGGAUGCAAUAAACUCUAGGCCAUUAAAGUAGGAAACCUAGGUGCGAAUUUACAGCUCUGGUAUAGAAAACAAUACCUAUCUUAAUUGCAGUAGCGCAGCUUAGGAAAUAGAAAACGGAAAAGCAAUUAAAAGUUUCUGCUUAUUUACCCAAGAUUGGUUUGGAAACCAUUGCAUGAAAAGAAAUUAAAGUUACGAGUAUAAACUCAGCUGCUAUCUACCAUGAAAACCAAUGUUUCCAGAAAGACCAUUAACACUUAUAUUUACCUAAAAAAAACCAUGUAAUAAAAAACAAAAGUGCCGACAAGCAGGUGUAUAUGAUGAAAGCGAGUAACAACAAAAAUCUAUUCAAAAGCUACUGUGGUUUUUUAUGCUUUUUUUGAUUUAUUGAAAUGAAAGGACUUGAAAUGGUUAAAUGUGAAAGUUUACGAAUAAAUUUGUUCCGAAUAACACACACGGGAAAAUCAGUAAAUUUUCCCGUAACAUUAUCCACAAAGGGAUGAUAACUUACAUGUUGAUCCCCUCAACAGGAGAAUAUAUGUUAAAAUUAGACGCGCGCAGAGACUUAUAUAGCCGAAAUUACAUUGAAAAAGAUUAUUCUUGAUCACCAAAGUAUUUUUGCACCUAAUGGAAUCAAUCUACUGAUCACUGUUUCUUAGUUUCACUCAUCCUUUGUUGGACAGACGGUCGUAUGGCUACAGAAACCUAUAUGAUGUUCUCAACAACAAAUAUUAAUGCUGUUCAAAUCAAAUACGAAUAUCAAGUAAUGCUGCUGACCUUUUAAAACUUUCGGGGAGGGGAUGGUGGGGGAUAGGUAGAGAAGGAUUCUUGGAGGACUAUAGAACAUUUAAUGCCAUUUAACUUGCCAAUGAUUUUAUCGUGACACAACCACACUCAAAUUUUUUUCUAUAUACAAAGAGAUCAGAAUUUCUUUAAAGAAUAGCAACGUCUAUCAUCCUUCAUUCACUUCACAAAUGAUUAUAUUUUCAAUGAAUCUUGAUUGACGUGCAAAUGAAAACACAGAAAAACUCCUUAUAACUAGAUACAUAUAUCAUGCACUGAUCUACGGCGCCGGGUAUUAUUGGGUAUAAUUGACGUUGGUAAUUACGACACCAUGUCGUAACUACCAAGGUCAAUUCAUCGGUAAAACAAAUGAGUAAUUGAUCGAUAAAUUCAGAUACACAACAGGACUUCGACAGAAAAUAUCCAUUAAUUCGGAGUAAAUAAAAAAAAAGGAAAUUAAUUGCUCAUUUAUUUCAGACAACCUUCCAUUAUAAGGCGGAUUACUGGAUAAAUUCAUAUAAUCAUAGCAUAUAAUCUUCCCGGAGGAGAAACUGGGUUCGACGGACAAGAAUCAAAGCUACCCACCUACUGGAACACAUCCUUCUCCAGGAUCUCUCUCGGUAUGAAGAUCCACCAACAGCUCAGGUUCAUUGUCAUCCACAAGCAAGCUGACUCUCUGUACUCACUGAUCGCUGAUGGCCAAUACCGCGCCACCUCACUGGGUCGUGACGAGUGGAAAGAGUUGAUUGGUUCCCGAGGCUCGUUACAGGUAAACUGCAACAAAGAAGGGUUCAAUGCCGUUUGUACUAGGGAAGGACAUUCUAAAGCCAGAAUUGGUAUUGUUAGCAACAACGAGAAUGACUUUGUCACGCGCGACUCAAGGAUUGGACUUGGCACAGGAGGUUACCAUGACGAUUCAAACACGUGUGGUAACGAGGCCGUGGUUUAUUCAGAUAAUGGAGACAAACACAUCAAAAUCAUGGGAUACAUCUUGGUCCAAUAA